UUUCUCUUCAUAGGUCAGCUGUAACAAGGGCCUGUUGUUGUCUAAAACACCAACCUAGCCGAAGCAGGAAGCUCUGAAAGGGAAGAGGCUCAUGUUCUUCAUUUGUUAUUCUAGCUGCUUACUUGCAGGAGUCUUGCAUUUCUUAAGCUGCAUCCACAUUUUUGGGACUUGCCAAGGCUUGCUGGGGAGUGACCGAACAGCUGGGUGCCAAUUUACUGCACACUCCCUACUCUGCACUAAGUCUCUGCGUAACCCUCUGACAGGAGCAUAAGCUAUCACACAAAAAAGAAGAACUGAGCGUGGGAAAAGUGUGUCCAUAAUUACCACCUUCUGCUGUUCUCCUCUUUCCUGGCUUAUGGGACCGCUUCCAGGAUGGAACAAGAAGCUACCCAGCUAGAAAAGCAGCAUGUGCAUAGCGUAUAUGAAAAUACAGCUGCCUACUUCAAUGAGCUGCAGAGCAAAGCGUGGCCUCGCGUCCGUCACUUUCUGCUGGAGCAGAAGCCUGGCAGUCUUGUUGCGGACAUAGGUUGUGGAACUGGAAAGUAUCUCAGUGUCAACAGUCAGGUGUAUAAUCUCGGCUGUGAUUACUGUGAACCGCUGGUAGAGAUUGCAAGGAAGAAAGGUGAUGAAGUUCUGGUAUGUGACAACCUUAACCUUCCCUUUAGGCAUCAGUGCUUCAAUGCAGUCAUUUCCAUUGGAGUGAUCCAUCAUUUCUCAACUAAACAAAGAAGAAUCAAAGCAAUAAAGGAAAUGGCAAGGGUAUUGAUACCCGGAGGCCAGAUGAUGAUUUAUGUUUGGGCUAUGGAACAAAAGAAUCGCCGCUUUGAGAAGCAAGAUGUAUUUGUUCCUUGGAACAAGGCCUUGUGCUCACGGCAUUUUUCAGAAUCAAAUCAAUCUGGAGAUAAGGGUGAGUUUGUGCAUACUGUAAGAAGCCAGGAUAUACACCCUGCACAGCUAGUCAUCUCUGAUUGCAGCUAUCCAACCAAUCUGCAGUCAGAAAUUGAUUCAAAACAUUCCCACAACACGGACCACUGCUUGUCCAGAGCCUGCUGCAUGAAAAUUUCUGAAGAAGAAAACAGAUUUUGCAGUGCUCUAGGAAGAUCUUUCCGUUCAUGGUUUUUCUCCAGAUCCUUGGAUGAAUCAGCCCUGAGAAAGCAAGCUGAGAAGAUGAAGCCUCUGAAGAGUGAAGGAGAAUGGGCAAACAGUACCAUAUCCAUUCAGCAAUCAAGACACUGCAGUUUGGAUUUAGGUCCUCAUGGGACACUGUUAAAAGAACAGAGUUUAGAUGAUGACGAGGUGUUUGCGGAAAACCUGUCUCUCAAAAAGCCAGAGUGGUCACCAGCCACAGAUGCACUGAAGGAUUUAAAUCUAAAUGGAGGACACCAAAGUGUAAUUCAGAGCAAGAGUGCAGAAACUUCGUUUCUGAGUGGCCCAGUGGAAGACGGGGACAACAGCUGCAGUUAUAAUAACGAUGAUGCUGGUAAGUCUAAUGCCGGCAAAUUUUUCAGAAGAACGUCAACAACUGACUCCACUGAUUCUGCUUUGGAUUCAGCAGUGUCUGUUGGGGACCAGACUGCUGACACACCGGAUACAAAAGCCUUCAUGCGUUAUUACCAUGUUUUUCGGGAAGGGGAGUUGUGCUCGCUGGUAGAAGAGAACGUGCCUGAGCUUCAGAUACUUUCUUCCUGCUAUGACCAUGGAAACUGGUGCAUUAUUGCAGAGAAAAAAGGGAAAUAGCUGUAAGAAGAACAAAAUAGAAUUUCAGUAACGGGGAGUUUUAAAAAAUAAGAUGCUUCUUGUGUUCCUGUGAUCAUGCGGUAUGACAAGGAAUUUCAAUCUCAUGUAGUUGUGUGCCAUCCAUUUUCAGUUUUACUAUCUAUCUACCUAUCUAGCUAUCUGAUGCAAGUUCUGUAUAUAGAAAUGUAAACAUGUAAUUAGUUAACAGUAUUUAUGUUUUGUUAAACUUUUAUGAAGUUAAAAUUGGAGAGUUUUAUAUUGCUUUUAGCAGAUAACUGUGAUUUUAAAUACACUUUUCUAUUGAAAAAUAAAAACUUUUUAUAAGACAAGGAAAGGAUCAGGGCAUCUUUUGUGAGAAAUAUCCUCUCAGUAGAAAGUUAAGGUUUGGUUCUUCAGCCAUUUAAACAUAACUUAAAUAUGUCUCACAUUACUCCCUGUUCUGAUAUAGAAGCCUGAACCUCAGAGUACUAUAGAUAGAGGCAUCUUAAAAUGUACUUGAAUGUAGGCUGCUUAACAACGUGCUGCAGAACUGGAGAAAGCAUGGUCCCAGUCCUACUUAUUUCAGAGUGGAGCUGUUAAUGGGCAAAACUGUGUACAAAACCAGCUCUGCAUAUUCUGCCAUUAGAGGUUUCUAUUUGUGAGAAAGUAACAGGACAGAUUUUGCACAGUAUUUUGAUCUUUUCUUUAAAAAGCCAUUUAACUGGUGUCUCAGGUGCAAGGUAAGUUUUAUCUGUUAGCCCUCACAAAUACUUUAUCUUAAUUUCCUUUGCUGUAGUUUUUCUCUGGUUAUGUGUACAGAGAAGUCAGAGAGGUUAGUGAGAGUAUCAGUAUUACAUAAAGGUUGCAAGCUGUCAAAUACAUAUCACAUAUAUAUCUUUUUCAUAAGCCUGGGAAGCUAAGAUAAAAUUAAUAAAAUUCCAGUACCUAUCUGAUCAGCUGUCGUAUUUGCUCUCCUUACUCACUCACAGGAGAAUAUUUACUAAAUGGUCUGUUAAACAGUGUAGAUAGGAAGAGGAUACAAGUCAAGUUUGUAAAUAAAAUACUGCAAAUCAGAUUACAAACUAUUUUAAAUCCCUAUCUUCUGCACUUUAAAUGAGUUUGUUGAAGUUCCUGAUGUCUCGUGGUGUUGGAGACCUAAAGGAAAAUUGACUGCUAAAACAGUUUUCCCUUUCCCUGUAAAACAUAAUUUUUACUGAGCACUGCGUCCGGUCAUCAUCCAAUUGUACCAGAUUAUAUCAUUGUCACUCAUAUAGUCCUUCACACUCAAAUAAUCUGAUCCCUUUCAAUGGGGUUGCUUCUGAGGUGAAGUUAUAUGUGGCAUGGAUAAAAUAAUGUCAGCUUCUGGCUUAUGAAGAUCAGUAAUAAAACUGUAACUGUUUUCAGUGGAAGCUAGGUUGGGCUGUACUAACUGCUUUUUUGCAUUGAGUUACUCCAUUUCUAGGCUUUACUUGCAGUCAGUGGUUUUAGCGCAGGACAUGUCUUCUGCAGGGGUCAAUUGACAUGAUUUCUGGACCUUUAAUGCAGCUAUGCAGAUUCACCCCAAACCCCUUUGGAGGUACAACAGAUUUAGAGACCUACAUAAUUAAGAUGUCUGCCCACAUAAUUAAGAUUCAGCAAAGAACUCUGAAAUACAAAGCAACUCCACUGAAAUAUCAAACUUCCUGCACAUACUUUUUAAACUUUUCCACUCUAUGCAGUGUAGGGAGAUGAAUUUUGGGUUGUUCAGUAGAAAGCCCUGAUGGUUGUGACUGUUUUUAGAUGUAGCUGCGCAGGAGUAAUUACUACAUGGUAAUGUAUUGUAUUUUUGUUUGCCAAAGUGUGGCCUGUAGACCAAACAUCCUUGUCUUUCUCACCAUUUGGGAUCCUUGUACUUUAUCUUUCCUGGGACUGUGCCAGGUGCAUGAGGGAAAUACCUGUGUUCCCCACUGCCUUUUGAAAAUAAAAACGUGGUCAAAGAACCAUGCAUCAGAGACUUCUGAUAUAUUAUUCCACUCCAAAUAUUACUUGCAAUACAGCCAGGGGCUAUGCUUCUUCUUGUGUCCGCGUCUCGCUUCCGAAAAAACCGACAAUGUUUCCUGCGUUGCCACAUCUGGCUGCUCGCUCUCACAGCCCCAUGGCUGCUCCCGCUGUAGCGGCAAACCCCAGUCUUAUAGAGCCAGUGCAAAAAUCUCCACGUGGGCAUAUUGCAGAGCCAGCAUGGAUUGUGCUGAGCUCAACACCUCAUCUGCAACGUGCUCAUACCCUACCGGGAGACCUGCCUCAUUUAUUGGGAACGUCUGGAUGAGCUUGAGGAUUUUAGAAGCAAACCCAGUUGCUUCCAGAUAAAAUGUGUUAGUGGAUAUUCAGCAGCCCUGGGCUUUGGGUCACAUUUUGGUAGGAGGUAGUUGAUUGUCAGCAUGUAUCCAACUUUGAAACUGUGUCCUUAAACUUCAGCAUGCAGGAACUCCGUUAUGCAUAUGCAAAUAUAUUUAUAAAAAUGUAUAAAUGUAAGCUGUAAGCCAGGGUUGGUUAACUGGGAAAAGGGGCAUUAUACUUUGCUAUCUGUGCUUCUGCAAUCUAUCCAUGGAGUAUUCACUAUGUAGUCAAGCAGGCUGAUAAAUUUGGGGUGAAUUAAGGAAGGAAACGUUUCCGUUCUCUUUACAACGGAGACUUAUUAUCCUUCUAAAAGGCUGCACCUAUGUUUUAGGCUCUUGAAAAGACUUCCUGCUCUGUUAGUGGUAUGAGUAAGAGCUGUCAUCUCAAAGCCACUAAGGUGCAUUUGAAGUGCUUUUGUUUGUGUAAUUUUCAUGCAUUGGUUGAUUUGAGAUUCCUGACUGGGGAUGCUUUCCACAAUUAUUUAUUUCUAUAUUGGAUUUUCUCUUGUUUUGACCUGAUGCCAUUAAGCUGAGUUACAUUCAAGGUUUGGAUUGCACGGUUAUAAAUCAAGGGGCAGGGUGGGGUCCGUUAACCACUCUGUUUUUAAAUAUUCAGUUUUCCUCUGAGGACAUAUAACUGCCAUGUAAGGCAAUUGUUACAGCUUGAGGAUCAGUCAGAGGAGGUCACGAAAUCAAAGGUCUGCACGGCAAGCAUCUGAGUCAUGCCUUUGUUCAAUCUCCCAUCUCAGGGAGGCUGCCUACUGCUGUAGCAGCUUUAUCAGCUCCCGAGAAGCCAGCGUACUUCACUCAGAGCACUGCGAAUAUCUCUUUGGCUUGAUUUCUCUUUUGAUGUGGCCCAUCUUAGGCAAAAUGUCAUUUCCAAAAGAAUCCACGUGAUCCCAGUCUUUAUUACCUUGCGGAUAUACUUAAUGUGCUCAGAGAAGUGUGUUUGCCAUUGAAAAGCCUGUAACAAAUAACUGAAUAGAUAAAUAAAUUCCAGCUGUCCUUACAUGCUGAAAAUCACAGUGAUGUCCAGGCUACAAGAUCUGACUGUUUCAAGGUAAAAAUGACAAUAUAGUCCUGUGUUUCUUCUCUGACGGAAGGGCAAAAUUGUCCCCCCUGGUUCUGCCAAUAUCAAACCUUCUAUUGACUUCCGUGGGCUAGGAUUUCUACUGAGUUGCUCAUCUAUCUUUUACUGGCACAUGGUGAUGUGAUUGCACAGGAAAGGAUGCCCUGUUUCCUUACAAUUUAAUUUACUAAUAUCACUGUCAGGCUGAACCAGCUAAACACAAACUGCUACCUUAUUAACUCUUAGACUAUAAUCCAAAUGGACAACUGCAAUAAAAAAGAUAUGAUUAAACAGAGUUAUUUUUGAAGGACUAGUACAACUGCAAUAUUUGAUAAAUGAUAUUUCAUCUUUUUUGUUUGUUUGAAUACAUGAAAAUAUUUAUAUUAGAAGUGCAAAAAUUAUUGGGUUUUUUUUUUCUACAAAUGGCAACUAAAUUACUUUCUUCCAAGCUCAUGGUGUAGGAAUUUUAAAAGCACAAGAGAGAUAUGAAAACCAUAAAUACUCUAGCAGAUCUUUUGUGAUAUAUAUUUAUAUACAAGUUAUUUAUGUGCACACUUUAAAAUCAUGCAGGGUGAAGAGAUGUGUAUGUUAUAUCAGCAGAGUGUUGUUGGCGAACCACCUCAAUAGAUCUUGAAUAGAAAUAAUGUCUCUGGUUUUGUGACCGCUCUGCUGUGUCAUGCCUGUGUUGGGCCGCAUUAGUAUCGACAUUGUGUUCGUUCUACUGAUCUAUUGAUUUUCUUGCUCAGCACAUUUACAGGAUUUGUGACCACUUUACUACUCCAGGAAAAUUAGGUGUGUCAGUGUUAAAUACAUACAAUUGUAUAUCUAUUUCGUGAGUUUAGCAUAUCUUAUUCUUAUAGUGUAGUAAUUGUGGCAGCUACCCAUGAUUUUAUCUUCCAAUCUGCUGGACAAAACUGUGUUUAGGUACUGCUUUGUAAUUAGCUCUUUGUCUCCACAUGGACUCUCUUAUAUUAUCUAGUAUUUAAUGGGAAAUAAUUCCUUCUUGGUUAAAAUAUUGUUUCCUACAGAACUUCUAUGCUUUAAGAUUAGCUAAUAAAUAUGAUAUUAGCUACUGGAAACUCUGUGUCUGGGAAAGUUCUUGAUGAAUGUUAAAUUUGAGAAGCCUCCGUUAGUGUUAUUUGCUCAGUAACAGUCAGAACAUGCGGGGCACGUGUAGAGCAGGUAAGCCCAGUAAUUUGCUAUGAAGCCAGAUAUUCUGUCUUUACUUUGGAUGUCCAUAGUCGAGCUAGCCAUAAAUGUGCCCAUUUGAACUAUGUAAAUGAAGGUGAUGAAAUGUGAUUUUUUGACCACAUCACUCCCAGGUGUUCUGUUGAUGAUAGAAAUGGGUACACCUGAUGGACCAGUAGAUUUAAUUGGAUCAGAGAGACUUUUCCUGCUCCUCCUGACCUAGUCACAGCACUACAGGACUAAGCUCUUUGGCACAGGAUAAUACUGAAGCAUUUAUUUGGGAUUAUCAAUGUUCCUUUUGCACCAAUUUGAAUCCGAAAAGAAAAAAGAAUGUAAUUAAAAUUAUGGAAUUACAUGGUGAGUUUACAGCUACAUUGAGUUAAAAGUGUUUUUAGAAUUAGAAUGAUCAUUUCCCAUAACUAUUUUUAUAAUUACAGUGCUUGUUUAUUGUGGUGAUACAUUUUAUCAUAGUAAUAGCUUAGGAUCUAGUAGUAAUUAAGCACUAUACAGAUGAGGAUUAGUACAUGCCCUGUAGUACAAAGAGUGUGUAACCUAAUAUUAGUAAGAUUAUGGGGAAAGUAGUAGAAACAUGGAGUAGAGAGUGGGAUGGUAACAAAUGUAAAUUUAGCAGGGUAAGGAAUGGUCUUAAUGCAGAGAGAGUGAAUUGGGUGUGGUGCUGAGAGGGGCUAGGGAAAAAGGGGCAAAUAUAGGCAGCACACAGUGAAAUGAAGGGGAAAGGCAAGGAUUAGAGCAAUUGCAGCAGAGAAAUUGCAGUCGGCACUUGGAUAUUCUUAGGAUGUGCAGACCCAUUCUUCUUGCUUACUGGAGGGUUGAGCUGAUGUCUCCCUGCUGCGUUAAUUCGAGGGCACAUGCAGCGGGAGGAAGGCACCUUGGACCCACCACGUUGAGCUCUGCACUCCUUCCCAUGAGC